AACUCAACUCAGCACGAAGCGAUGACUAAAUGUCUGGAGCAACAGCCACCAGACAGAAACCGACUACACACACAUACGGACGAAGCAACCCAGCUUCGGGAGGACAAGAAACCUGGAUCAAGGCUCAACUUUCCACUCGACUUUGGGACGGAAGCACGAAAAGGCUCUCGUCCGCUGAGGAGCUGAUAGCUGCUUCCUCACAGCCAUGAGUUCUCAGGGGAGCUUUGGCAGCAGCAUGCUGUUCCAGACUAUAAAUGAUGACCUGAAUGCAUCGCUGGCUACAGCAGAUGAGUUAUCCAGACAGUUCAGCUCCCUGCUGGAGGAGGCCUCCUCCAGCAACAACACAACAUCUGGGUCUCAGAUAAUCCCCAGAGAGAAGCCUCCAACCACCGGGGUGUCCAACAUCUCCAUCACUACGAGCGAGUCAAGUGUCAGUAGUAAUGGCAGCUCAAGCUCUCUGCCUCUCUCCCCAAACUCAACUACUUCUCAUGCCAUGGACUCCAUCAUCUCCAGCAAUAAAAAUGUACCAUCCUCCCCUGUCUUCUCCACCAGUCCACUCUCACCCUCCAUCACCCACAGGGGGGCACACUCUCCACUUCCUCAAGGUGGAUCUGACAGCUACUCGUACGGCCAGCAGAGUCCCAAACAUUCGCCUCACACCCCAAGACGUAACUCUCCCUCUCGUUAUGACAGGAGCCCACGAGGCUCAAUCAGUUACAUGGAGAGAAGCCCCUCUCCGAGCCCCACAGCUGUUUCUUUUGACCAGUCAUCUCGGUCUCCCUCGCUUCACUCCUCUGUCAACCUGCUGAGCCCUUAUGACAGUAGCCAGAUGGGCCGCAGGUCUCCUCGGCCAGACAGAAGCCCCUCACCUUUGUCUUUUGGUCGUCCAGUAUCCAGCACGCUCCCUCGAAAUUUUGGCGGUUUCAGGCAACCUGAUGAGGGUGUGCAGCGGCAAAAGAGUCCAGGCAAGUGGAAUGAGACAGAUCUGGACGUGUCCUACGAGAGGAAACCUCAUCACACCUAUGACAAGACAGAGUGGCUACGGCCGUCUGUGCCGAACAGCAGCUGGAGAGAAUCCAACCUCGAUGGCCCUCCUCCGGCCCCAAGCCCUAAAAAGGAUCCUCGCUCCAAAUCUCUCCAGUUUUCCCAUGGUUCUCUCCCCCGCAACACACGUAUAUCAGUGCCUCCAGAUGUUUCAUCCCCAGUCCACUCUCCUUACCACCUUCAGCCCAUCAUCUCCCGUAUUUCUAUUCCCCCAACUUCUACUCCGCCCCGUCAGCGCAGGCCCAUCCCUCUCUCCGUCAUCAUGCGUCUCCAGAACCCCCACUGGGAAGCAAUGUCAACCCGCAACCCCAGAGUCCUGGGAAUAGAAGGUGAUGUAGCGCCGUACCAACCAGCUGUUCGCAUCCCGAGGGAAUUCUCUAACCAACCUGUCCACCUGCCGCACCAACAGCCACCUGAGCUGAGACAGCCAGCCAUAUACAGUGAUGUGCUGAAUCCAGGAGAUAUAGAUGCAGAGUUAGAGCGGCUGGACUUUGUUCACCACAUGCCUGUGAUUUCGGAGAAGCCCAGCAUAACCCCAGCUCCCCGGCCCCUCAGCCCCACCAGGCUACAGCCAGUGGUGGCUCCUGAGGCCCAGAGCCAGGAGAUUCCUGACUUGGAGGAGCUGCUCCGCAUCCGGGCAGAAAUCCCCCGGGCCCUGAAGAGACGGGGCUCCGUGGACCAGUCACGGCCUCUGAAGAAGGCCUCCCAUUACCAACCAAACCAGUACAAAAAUCUCAUCGACAAGCUUUUUCGCAGGAAGGAACACCGGCAGAAGGGGGAGCAAGGUAGUGAGACCAGCAGCUCCUCAGACGGAGAGGACAGCGCAAUGCCUCCUCCCCCUGUACCUCAGACAUCACUGAUCCCCCAUGACUUCAGAAGCUACCAUUCCAUUCUGCGGCGGUCCAAUCGGGAGCGCAAAGGUUCUGGGAAGCGAGCUCGGCUCAGCCCGCUUGUCUUGCUACUGGAUGGAGCGCUGGUUGGAGAACUGGAGACAGUGCAGAGGGCUGUACAGGAGAUGAACGACCCUAGCCAACCCAAUGAUGAAGGCAUCACUGCCCUUCACAAUGCUAUCUGUGGGGGCCAUUACAAUGUUGUGGAUUUCCUGGUUCGCAUUGGAGCCAAUGUCAGUGCACCAGACAGCCAUGGAUGGACUCCGCUGCAUUGUGCAGCCUCUUGUAACGACCGUCCUCUGUGUGAGUUUUUGGUGAGGAAUGGAGCCGCUGUCAUGGCCAUGACACAGAGCGAUGGUGCUAUAGCCUCCCAGAAGUGUGAUCCUUACGCUGUUGGGUUUGAGGAGUGUGAGAGCUUCCUGAGGGGUGUAGAGGAGGCCAUGGGGGUGGAGAAUAGCGGGGUGAUGUACGCUCUGUGGAGCUACCCAUCUCAGGCAGCCGAUGAGCUGAGCUUCAAAGAGGGAGACAUGGUCACCAUCCUGCAGAAACCUGAAGGGUCGGACUGGUGGUGGGCAUCACUCUGUGGCAGGGAGGGCUUUGUUCCAAACAACUACUUUGGCCUUUUCCCGAAGGUUCGACCAAAAUCUCUCUGCUAAGCGGCCUCUUGAUGUUCAUUCCUGGUGAACUGGUGUAGAGGACUGUCUCAGAAAAUGUGCUUUACAGCUUCACACUGUUGUUUGAAAAGAUUGUACGAGUAUGAAAAGCUGUAUUGCUGCAGGGCAUGAGAAAUGUUUUUGAUCCGUCAGUCAAGGGGAGUUGAAGGAGAAGUCUUCAUUUUCAUUUCCGCCACACUGACAAGGAUUUAUCUUUUUUUAGAAGACAUCAUUUGUACAGGCUCCACUGACAUUUUGUCUGGUAAAGCUACAACUCUGUACUCUGCUAUGCCUGUCUGUCUAUCCAAAGGUUACAAAUGGUCCAUAUACCCAGGUGCUUUGCUCAGCUGUGUUCCAGACAGAAGUUGACAUGUUGACUCAUUGGCUGGUUCGUAAUCAGAGUGCAAACAGUGGCUGUUGGUGUUCAGUCCACUCGUCUUUGAGGUCAGGGUAGCUGUACGCUGGCAACAAACGUUGCCCUUGAUUGCUCAAUUUAGAAAAGAGCUGCUUCAAUCAGAGCAAAUCAGCCUACUCAUUCCUGGAAAGGUUUGCUGCUACAUCAAAGAAGCAUCAAUAACUCCUAAGUGAAAGAUUGUGAUCAGGAGUUAACAUGGAACUUUUAUUGUGUGAAGCAACUUUGGCUUUUACUACUGCUGAUGGAUCCUGAUAAACAACCACAUUCAGCAAAAUAUUUUUAAAAAGUGUUUUUUUCUUUUUUGGUGUUUUCCUACCUGGCUCUAGACUUUUCUUAUUUUUAAAUGAAUCUCAUUUGGAGCGAACAUAUAUUUUCUAAGACAAUGAAACUGGUCUUUUUACGGAUGUGUGUGUAUUCACAGUGAUAGAAUGAAUGUUUGGUGAUGCGUUUGGUUUUUUUUUAUGUCAUCAGUUGUCGGCAUAACACUUUUGUUGCUAGGGACUGCUGUGCACUUAACCUGUAACCCCUCUGAAGGGGCACACAGUGAGCAAAUGGUUAAAUAUUCAAUAAAUACUCAAGUCCAUUGAAACCUUUCGUCACAGUCAUGUGUUUGUG